AAACCCUUAACAAACAGCACAAAACCCUUUUCUGUAAAAGCAACCACCACAAACUUCCCUGCCUCUUCUCAGUCAAAUCAAUGGCUCCAAGCUUCGUAUUUGAGCCUCCUAGCGACGAAGAAGUUGAAUUGUCAGAAGCAGAAGAACUGGAAGACGAGGAAGAAGAAGCGGAAGGAGAAGGAGAAGAAGAGAAACCAUCAAAACGGCGGCAGAAGCAGUCGCCUUGGGACUUUGCUUCCUACUCCGAAUCCGUCGCCGAAGAACACGCUCGUCGAAGCACAACUUCCAUCGAUGACAAAAUCUCAAGAGCUCGCCAACAACACUCCACUCCUUUAACUGAACACGCCGACGAUGCUAGUUCCUCGGAUUCCGAACCUGACAAACAAGAAGUGUAUAAGGGGGAAGAUGACGAGGGUGAUGAGGAUACUAAUGUAGAGGAAAGGAAGUCAUUUUUUGCGCCUUCAGAAGGAACUUCUUUCCAUGCCAAUUCGUUUAUGGAGCUUAAUCUAUCUCGGCCACUGCUUCGAGCUUGCGAGGCUUUAGGUUAUACUAAGCCUACUCCAAUUCAGGCGGCUUGUAUACCGUUGGCCCUCACCGGGCGUGAUAUUUGCGGGAGUGCUAUUACUGGUUCAGGGAAGACAGCAGCUUUCGCCUUACCUACUUUGGAGAGAUUACUGUUUCGUCCAAAACGUAUUCUAGCAAUAAGAGUCCUUAUUCUAACUCCUACCAGAGAAUUGGCGGUUCAGGUUCACAGUAUGAUUGAGAAAAUUGCGCAAUUUACGGAUAUAAGAUGUUGCUUGGUUGUUGGAGGGCUUUCUACAAAGGUGCAAGAAGCUUCCUUGAGAUCAAUGCCAGAUAUUGUUGUAGCUACUCCAGGGCGCAUGAUAGAUCAUUUACGCAAUUCUAUGUCAGUUGAUUUGGAUGAUCUAGCAGUUUUAAUCCUUGAUGAAGCAGACCGACUUCUGGAGCUUGGAUUUAAUGCUGAAAUUCACGAGCUGGUUCGACUUUGUCCCAAAAGGAGGCAGACCAUGCUAUUUUCAGCUACUAUGACUGAAGAAGUUGAUAUGCUUAUAAAGCUUUCUCUAACCAAACCACUGCGUCUCUCUGCUGAUCCAUCUGCAAAACGACCAGCAGCAUUGACUGAGGAGGUGCUUAGACUACGCAGGAUGCGUGAGGUCAACCAGGAGGCAGUCCUCCUUGCAUUGUGCUCAAAAACUUUUACAUCUAAAGCGAUCAUCUUCAGUGGAACCAAGCAAGCUGCACAUAGGUUGAAGAUUUUGUUUGGAUUAGCGGGUUUUAAAGCUGCUGAGCUUCAUGGAAAUCUUACACAGGCCCAGCGUCUUGAUGCUUUGGAACUUUUCAGGAAGCAGGAAGUCGACUUUUUGAUUGCAACGGAUGUAGCUGCUCGAGGACUUGAUAUUAUUGGUGUUCAGACAGUUAUCAAUUAUGCAUGUCCCCGUGACCUUACUAGUUACAUUCACAGAGUGGGUCGUACUGCGAGAGCUGGUAGAGAAGGAUAUGCAGUUACAUUUGUGACAGAUAAUGAUCGAUCCCUUUUGAAAGCCAUUGCAAAGAGAGCUGGUUCAAAGUUGAGGAGCCGUAUUGUUGCAGAGCAAUCAAUUAUUAAGUGGUCUCAGAUGAUUGAGAACAUGGAAAAUCAAGUGGCUGAUGUUCUUCAACAAGAGAGGGAAGAGAGAGCAAUAAGAAAAGCUGAAAUGGAAGCAACCAAGGCAGAAAAUAUGAUCGCACACAAGGAUGAAAUCUUUUCACGUCCCAAAAGGACUUGGUUUGUAACAGAGAGAGAGAAAAUGCUCGCAGCAAAAGCAGCAAAGCAGUCAUCAGUUGAAAAAGAAAAAGGUUCUGGAAAUGAGGUGAUGAGUGCCCAACAAGCCGAAGACCUUAAAAUGAAGGAAAAGAGGAAGCGAGAGCGUGAGAAAAAUUUACCCCGUAAAAAGCGUCGAAAAUUACAAGCAGCCAGAGAGAUGCUAGAGGAUGAAGAUUUGACAGAGAAAUCAGAAGGCAGUGGAAAAAAUAAGAAAGAAAAGACUGGACUAUCACUAGUCGAUCUGGGUUACCGGCGGGCAAAAGCAGCGAAGGCUGUGAAGAAGGCAAUGGAUGCGGGCAAGUUUGUGCAGAAGAAGGGUAGUAAGAAAUCAAAGCAGCCUCCUGAAAGAACUCAAUCAAGGACAGAAGAAAUGCAGGAGCUAUUCCAGAGCGAUAUGAGUGAGAAAAAGCAGAAGAGAAGAAGUAGCGGAACAGGAAACAAGAAGUCCAAGAAUUCAUUCAAAAGCAAAUCAAGGUAUAAGCGCAAGUAGCACCAUCAAGUCGGCCAUCAAAUUAUGUGGUCAUUUACCUCUAUAUUAUGAAGGUUCUGUCCUUUAGCUGCCGGUUUUAGAGGAAGAGAGGCAGGCAGGCAGACAGUAACCGAUGAUGGUGCGUAUGUGAAAGCAUCCUUGCAAAGGACUUGUUCAUCAUCUCCCCCGAUGUUUUAAAUUUCCUUCCUGUAUUUUUUUUCCUGUAUAAUUACUAGGAGGUAUCGAGACCUAAUAACAAAUGUUUUCCGGGGUCGCAAUAUUCUGGUAUUUGGCCCACAAAGUUUUGAUCUAUUAUGCUGCCUUGUGGUA